AAAUAUUUCUCUCUCUCUCUACAUGCAAAUCAUGCAUUAAAAUACUUUACCUCCAAAUUGAGGAUACACAUUUAUAAAACCUCCAGGCUGUAGAUUAGUUUUUUCAGUCACCGUAAACAUUCAUAGAAAACAAAUACAUAACUACUCCUUUCAGCUUUAGAGAACAGCCAUGGCACCUUCAGAAAACUCAGACAACAGAGGCAAGCACAGUGUGGCCGUGACAGCUCUAGACGGAGUCAUAAAUGUGAACUCACUUUUUACCAUUGCCAUUUUUGUGGGGCUAUCUCUAGCAUCUCCAGGGCAAAAGAGCCUCAACAGUAGCAAACGUUGUCAGCCAGGGAUUCUAACUGUAAAACAACUAGUAAUCUUCGAGGUGCUUUCGUUCAGUUUCUUUCUCUUCUCAUCACUAAUAGCACUGGCCAUAAAACUCUCCCUCCAUCUUCUGUAUAGCGAAGAUCUGUCUCAUGGUUUCAGUGACAUUGUCAGUGCAACACUCCUUAGAGCAGGAAUGUUGAUGACAGCUAUCUCCUCUGUUAUGGGCUGCUUGUUUCUCAUGGUUUCUAUGUUGAAUGUGGUUGAGAUCAAGACUGGGAUGCUAUACUGUGGAGCUAAAUCUACUAUUAUAUCAGUUACUUUCCUCAUAAUCCUCGUUUCGUCGGGUCUUUUGGUGUAUAUUUCUGCUGCAUGGUAUGCAUUUAUCCACGCAAACGUCCACCCCCAUGAAAACAGGACUGCUUGAUCAUUUUUGUUCUAUCAAAUCCUAUUUUGUUUUCUAAUAACAGCCGUCUCUGGAUUAGUUUGUGUACA